UCAUCUUUGUGUGUGUGCGGUUGGGGGAGGGGAGGUGUGCAAAAAAGGAAAAAAAAAAGAGAGAAUUUGCGAUUUUCAGGUGAUAUCUGCUCCGGGGAUUGACACCUCUCGCUACUGGGGAAAGGGAAGGAGCCUCCUCCACGUGUUUGCUGCUUCAGUCACCAUUCAACGCUGCCCGAGUGAGGUCCCUUGCCUCUCGGCGUCCGCUGCCCUUCGCACGAAAAGGUUGCGCGCUCAAACUACUACUACUACUACUACUCCCGGUCGAGACAGUGGGUCACCGUGUGCAGUUGCUUGCUUUGCCCGUUUUGAAGCAUAAAUUAUAUUGCAGUGCCAUCACUUAUCUUUGCGCCAUCGUUUGCACUUGAAAGGAUGUUAAAUAGUUACCUGACUUCAUCUUGUUGAUGUACAUACUUUGAUUGAAGCACGUUGACAAGUGGCUUUCAAUUGCAAUAUCUAGAAAGUUAGUUAACUAAUAAACGAUAUCCGCUAAAAUUAGAAAGAACUUCUAAUCCAAUUCCAGAAUGAAACAUUUAAAGAGACAAAUACAUGCCAAACAACAGUUGAACUGAAUCUUUCAGAAACUAGAACAGAACCCAAAAGACGUCUUGAAAGUCAGUUGUUUCAUCUCAAAAUUAUCAGGAAGAAAAGCUAAUCAAGCAAGAGGAAACCUGAAACAUAAGCCAACAAAAUCGGUCACAGGAGCAGCAAACAAAAACAACGCCUGACUAUGCGAGUCCUUUUGGUGUUGGCUUUUACUCCUUCGACAUCUUUGCCUUCUUGUUCUUAUCCUUCUUCUGCAUCUCCUUCUUCUUCUGUUUCUUCCUCGCCGUAAACCUGGUGUGCCAACAGCCGGAAAAUAUGGAGAUUAGCAAAGGCGCGCAGAAGUUUAUAAGGCUGGUGGUCCUGCCUUCUCUCUUCUUAGCCACGAUUGCAGGAUGCCAAGGGCUGAAGGUGAAGAAUGUAGUCGUGCCGUCACACGAAGUCAAGGGCAAGAGAGUCGAGCUGGAGUGCAACUACGAACUGGACGGAGAUCAGCUUUACUCAGUCAAAUGGUACAAAGGCAUCAAGGAAUUCUUCCGCUACGUCCCAGCUGAUUCACCCCCCAUGCAAGUCUUCGACCUGCCGGGGGUUAACGUCGAUUUGGACAAGAGCAGUGACCGUAAAGUUGCCCUGAAGGAGAUAUCCUUGAAGACUUCGGGGAAAUACAAGUGCGAGGUAUCAGCAGAAGCCCCUUCCUUCCACACGGACUCAGGAGAAGGAGAACUUCUGGUCGUGCAUAUGCCAGAGAAAGACCCGCACAUUUCGGGCAUCCGGGAUCAGUACCACGUCGGUGACCUAGUACAGGUGAACUGCACUUCCUCUCCCUCCAAGCCAGCUGCCUCUCUCAGGUGGUACAUCAAUGACAAACAGGCUGAAAGCUCAUCUCUGGUGGACCACGCCCCCGUCACAAACUCCGAAGGCCUAGAGACGUCCAUAUUGGGGCUCCGCUUCCGAGCCCGCAUGACCCACCUCCGUCAGGGUCAUCUGAAGUUACGUUGUUCUGCAACUAUCGCCGCUGUCUACUAUCGAGAAAAUACCAUGUACGUCAGGGCGUACCCAUCUGACCGUGGAGAGCCACUGGAGAGCCGAGGAAUGUUUACAGGCAGCGCAGUGCCAGCAUCAAGAGCGAUGGCGGACAGCGUGGCCCUCUUGACGAUUAUUGGCCUGGUGGCAUUGAGGUAACAGCUGCCGACGUUGCAACCAUUAAAGUUUAUAACCCCAAGAGUCGCACCUCCUACAUUCCAGGUACGACCUGACACGCGAUGUCGAUGACUGAAAAAAUCUACACGGGAAUAAUCAUCUCCUCUGGAAGUCCUCCUCUUUCUGCCGAAGGAUAUGAUUAAAAGUGCCAAAAAUCUUUUCUCUUUUGAGUGUGAAAUGGUAAGAAAAGAAAUGUAGACUUUAAUCUUAGGUUGAAUUAAACAUUUAACCUGAAAUGUGAUGGUGACUUAAUUAUUGGAUGGCUUUCAGAAAAUGGUGUUAAAUUGGUUGUUUCUACUUUUAAGGCCGAAUUGUUAAGUUUUGAACGAGAAGAAUUGCAUUGGAACGCUAAUGCCAAUUAGAAGUGACAAGUGCUGUUAAUGUGGGACUGUGUUCUGUGCUGAUAUUGACGUUCUGAAGAAUGAGUAAAUAAAUACUUAGAUAUAAAUUACUAAAUAAAUAAAAGUCUUGAAACCAAUGGUGAACUUGAGUACUCACUCGUAAGUAUUUGAUGGAUAUUAUGAUUAUACGAAAAACCAUGAAACUCAAAUCAUGACUUAACUGACUGUGAAAAAAAAAAAAAAAAAAAAAAUGAAAAUUACCUCUACAGAACGUUUGGCAGAAUGUGCGGAAAAAUAAAUACGAUAAAGGCCUAGUGAAAUUACCCGCUUUUUUUUCUUUUUUAACCCUGCUGUGAUAUCCAUAGCAAUGGUUUUAGUGCUCCCCCUCCCAACUGCCCCUCCACCCUCCAUCUCUCGGUCCCUCUAUUUUGGAACAAUAUUAGCACGAGCCGGGAACCUCCGGCGAUAACUUUAAUAGGGGGGCCAUAUUCUGUACGCCUUUGCAGAGAGUGCAUCAUGCUUGGUAUGGUCGGGCAGAGAUGGGGGGGAGGCGGAGGAGAGGGGAAUGGCGGGGUAUAAGCUGGGGUUGGGGGGAGGGUAGGUUACGGUCGACCUGGCUCUCCUCCAAACAAUAACCACCGUAGGCCAUCAAGAGACCCCAGAGGAGACAGCUCUGGCCAGCGGUCAGGUCAUAGCGGGAGUCGAUUCGGGUUAUUCACCGACUGUGCUCGAAUAUAACUCCUCGGGACUUCGACCUACUCCUUUAACCAGAAGCUUUUGAAAAGAGAGAGGAACUUUUGAGGACCAGGUAUUCUCAAGUCAUGCUUUAGAUAAUUUUUUUUUUUGCCUUGCAAAAAUGUAGCCAUUGUGGUUGUAAACCCUCAAGAAAAGUUUGCAUCGUGAAGGAAUUGCAGUGUUUAUAAUCGAUGAGAGAGCUUUUUCAUUUUGAAAGUGUAGGAACCUUUCAGUGAUUCAGCUUUCCAGGAUUUUGGAAAUAUGGUAGGAUACCCGCCAUCUGAACGGCGUGCAUGAUAAAGUUGCCUGCGUUGAUAAAGGUUUCUACUGGAAUUAAUUGACGCAAUUCAGAAAUAAAACAAUCCUACUGCUUCUAUUCUGAUAUAUUCGUAUCCAUGAAAAAGACAAUAGCGUAUUUUGUUAAAGACGUUGUACUAUGUUACAUAUAAAAAAGUCGAUUGCCAACCGCCGCCCCUCACAACCAACCCCCCCCCCCCCAAAAAAAAAAAAAAAAGACUGCAGACUUUAAAUGUAAAAUAAAGCGCCUAUGAAAACAUUUGGUAAAUGAAUAUUGUGUAACACUGACAGCACUGACAUGAUAAGAAGCAAUGCGUUAGUUAAAUGGAAGACCUGGAGGGAGGGGGAAGAAGCGGCGGCCAAAGGUCAAUUUUUAUGCCAAUUCUGGCUAUGCCAGUCAGACGAUGGCACCACGGUCAGUAUUUGACAAGGAUUGUACGCGUUCCUCCGUCAAUCCCUUUGACCCACCCCCUAACCCCUCGUCCAUCCUCGACAAUACCUCGGCUAUGAUCCCCCCUUUAUCGAUUGCCGAAUCUGGUCUCGUUUUGGCCCGGGGAUCAGUGACAUCCUGAUAUUAAAGCGUAUCUGUCUCAAGGUGCGCUUACGGAAGACGCAUGACCUUCUACUCAAAAGGAAGUUUCUUCUAUAAAGCCCUGCUGAUGUUUAUCAAUGGUUUGUCAGACAAAAGUUUGUCACAAACGCUAACUUACACGGCACAGCGUCUUUAGACAAACGUCGAGAUUUUCUCUCGCUGCGUAAGAUGUGCUUUGAACCUAUUUCUUAUUGCUCAAGUAAACUAAAAUGAUUGAGGGUCACUGAAACGGAAAAAGGAUUAGCCUGCCGUGCCGGCAGUGAGCAAAAAUGAGGAGGAAAAUGGCAGUUUGCGGAGCGGAGGUGAGUCAUAGAGUUGAUAGAUAAAGCCGAUGGCAUCUCAUUCACAAAGCAGAAUCCUCCUCUUGUGUUUGUCCUGAGUCAAAGGCACCAUACGUGACCUGGGGCCGAGUGCAUCUCCUGAUAUACGGAAAUAAACCUUAUGACCGAAGAGUAUCAAGGCUCAGUAUUGAUCGUCGACAACUGGUCGUCUGAGAAGCUUAUGAACAGAUUUCAGCAGAGGAUAAUGUCAGCUACCGAGAAGAUCCUCGUUGAUGAAAGGUAGCAUCGCGUUGCCAGUUUUGUGUCUGGGGAACACAGAAGCAUUUCCCCAUCGCUAAUGCUCUCCAAGAACUUAAUUGAGAAAGGUCGUCUGCAUAGCUCAGAUAUACUUAUAAAUGUACUCAUGCAUUGCAGGAAUGCAUAAAUUACCUAUAGCCUCUUUCUCUCUCUCUCUCUCUCUGUCUCUCUCUCUCUCCCUCUCUCUCUCUAAGCGCUUUUUCCUCUCCAACAACUCACCCAUUUCUUCAAAAAUCUACUGACUAUUUGUAUGUACAUAGAGAAUCCACAUUAUAUAGAGUCGCUUUU